AUGGCUGCGGAGCCCAUCCUGAUUACCAACUUGACGCAAGAGUGGGUGGCGAGUUUGCGUAGGUGGCACCUUGAGCUUUUCUUCAUCCCCACCAUAGUGGUCACCUUGGCCACCAUGGUGGUGAACACUCUCCUUCUGGCGUGCAUCUUCGCUUCACGCGCCUUACGCCAGGAGACGCGCUACCUCCUGGUGGCGAACACCUUGGCGGCGGACAUGUUGUUCCUCACCCUUAACCUGGCCACCACCAUUCUCAACGCGGCUCAGGUCGAGGUCCCUUGGCUGGUGUGCGAGCUGGUCACGGCCGUCACCGUCACGGCUUACUGUUGCGCCAUUCUCACCGUCACCUUCAUGGUUGUGGACACCUACGCGGCCGUGCGCUGGCCGCUGCGCUACCACGACUUCCUCCCACCAGCUCGCACCCAUAGAAUCCUGAUGGGUGCGUGGCUGUUGGCGGCAAGCUACCCAUUCACGCUUGUCAUCCUGAUGGAAGUAGAGAGGGGGGACCCGCACGACAAGGCGGCCGUGUGCCUGGUCCUCAUCUCUCUGGGAUUCAUCCAGGCCAAAAACACAACGGGGAUUAACAUCUACUUCUUCGUGGCUGCUCUCAUCUGUGCUGUGUUAAUCUUCUACUGCUACAUUCGCCUUUACAUGGAAACCAGAACCCAAGGCAUAUGGCAGAACCGCUUCUCCAGAGCCCGGGUCACCGUAUUGGCGCAUGGGGUUCUGCUUCUCCUCUAUUUCACCCCUGGCUUUGUCUUCACCGUAGAGCUUCUACUAUUUCAGAGCAAAGACGUCAGUCAGGAUGUCCGAGUGUGGGUUAGCACCGUUAACAUGUGCGUGCUCAUGCUACUUCCCAGGGCCUUCGCUCCCUAUCUGUACGGGCUGCGCUACCGCGAGAUCGCCGACUCAGUGCUGCAGCUGUUGCAUCGGCAUAGAAGACUCAGCCAGAUCACUGUCGCGUAA